AUGGGAAACACGCUGCAAAAGCUCCCACAAAACCAAAAAGCUCAAAUAUCCGAAUCACCAAGCCAAAAAGGUGAAAUAUCCAAAUCACAAGAGCCUGAUUCAGACUUCACAUGUGAAAUUUGCAUCGAAAAUGUCAGUGCAGACAACAAGUUCAAGAACAGAAGCAUGUGCAAGCAUGAUUUCUGCUCCGACUGCAUAGCCAAAUAUAUUGAAGCGAAGGUGCUGGAAUACAAUAUCUCCAAUAUCAGCUGCCCCGCGCUCAACUGCGAUUUUUCACUGGACCCGAUAUCUUGCAGACCUGUCAUCUCAAACCGUCUCUUCAACAAAUGGUGCGAUCUUCUCUGCAGUGCAACUGUUUUAGAGUACUACUCUGACAGGUCCGUUUACUGCCCAUAUCGAGAUUGCUCGGCUUUGAUUGUGAACGAGUGCAACGAUAAGGUAGACAAGUCGACCUGUCCGAAUUGCAAGAAGAAGUUUUGUUUUCAAUGCAAGAGUCCAUGGCAUGCGGGUUAUGGAUGUAGAGAGAAGGGAAUGUUCAGAGAUAAGAACGAUGUUCUAGCUGGGCAGUUGAUAGAAAAAAUGAACUGGACUAGGUGCCCUAAGUGUAGAAAUGCUGUGGAGCGAAACAGUGGCUGUCUAUUAAUAUACUGCAGAUGUGGGCAUGCGUUUUGCCAUGCAUGCGGAAAAGAAAUCAGCCCUACUCAACGAACAUUUAUUCGACAACCUUGCUGCGAGAAAAUGCGUCGGUACGAAAUUCGUCAUUUGACAUUUUUUACAAUUUUAUUAAUAAUAAUUAUAUUUUUAUUCGUUCAAACUUAUUAGAUUAUGCGUUCUGCUUUCAACUA